UGGUAGCAAUACGGCGACGAGCUCCUAGUCGUUGCCAAUCUCCGAUUCAAGAUCUUAACAAUUUCCGCCAUUACCAGCCUGCCACCAGCUUCCACCUCUCUUUAAAUGCGUGUUUUCUUGAUAGGAUUUAACGGAAGUCAAUGCAUACUUCACAAAUCCUUAAACAAUGACGAAAUUUCCCCAAAUUAGUUAGAACUAGGACAUGCUGUUCUCCAACCAUUAGGUAAUUCAUAAAUUUUACUGAUGUCAGCUUGAAGAUUUAAGGAUUGUAGAAAAUUCAGUAGUUAAAUUGAAAGCUACGAUGACUGAAUUGGAACAACAGAUCACAGAAACUUUGAAGAAGAUGAAUGCUUUAAGAGAGGGCGCGGAGAACGCUGGUGCGACUGGUAGCGUACAGAGUUUACUUUCCCUUCUAGAGACGUUAAAGGUUCUCGAGAAGCAAGAAGCAGAAGUUGAGCUAAAUUACAGUGAAGAAUGUGCUAGACUGCAAUUGGAGGUCAGUGAGUUGGAAGAUUUGAUCCAGAACAAUGAUCACGAGGGGAGUUUUGAACGGUGUGUUGAUCGUUCUUUGGCUAAUGCUGUUGAAAGACUGAAUUUAGCAAAGACGGAUCUUGCUUCAAAGCUAAGGAAAAUUAUAUCAUUGAAGCGCCAGUGUGAUGACGUGCCAACACAAGCAGAACUCAUCCAGUAUGAGCGUCGAUUUUCAGAGCUUAAUGUUCACAUUCAGGGAAAGCUUCGGCAAACUCGUAAAUACUAUGCCACCUAUAAUGCUUUGUUGGAAAUAAAAGAACUAAUGCUAAAGGAAACAUCCUUAUUAAACUCUAUGAGUUCACAGUUCCAUGAUGCGCUUAAUAGUCCUGCUGGUCGUGCAACGUUGACAAGUUCCAUGGAUGGAAUUUCAAAGAGUAUUCAGCAGAAGCUCCACAAUGUGGAACUUACGUUGCAAGCAGAGCAGAAAGCUUGUGAAAGUCUGAAGGAAAAGCAUGGUGCAGCAAACUUGGAGAAAAGACGUUGCUAUUCUCUGUUGAAGGCAUUUCAAGAAGAAUGUGCGAGGAAUGAGAGACUUCGGAAUCAAACUCUCUAAGUCUUGGAUGAGGAUUAAUUUGUCCAAGAUCCAUCUAACCACUGUGUUGGAUGUGAAAAGCGUUGUGCUUUUGAAAAAAAUAUAACUGACGAUCACAGCGUCAUUGGGUCAGUGAUGCCAGAGUUACUGCCUAUAGGAAAGUUAAGGGUUCAUACCUGACAAAGGUGAAAAGCGUGCAUGAGUAUUUACGGUAUAUAAUAUUUUAUAUAUAAGUUGUCUCAUGUAAAUGUUACCAUACAAACCAAUUUCAGCCAUCUGGGCAGAUUAUCAAAUCAAUGUCAAAAUUGUGGAUUAAUUCGGUUCC